CAGGCAACGAGGAUGAGGGUAAAAUCAAGAUGUAAGGAAUGCUUGAGUCCUUUUGGAGUUCUGUAUGGCAGACCCGACCGAUUUCAGUUUAAAGGGGAAGCUCUGAGUCCAUGAGAGAGGACAGGGUAACACACACAUCUACAGGAUGCUCUCCUGCUGUGUCAUGAGGAUCAGAGCCAACCCCAUUGCUGUGUGAACUCUUCAAUGCACAGAGGUCACAGCAGAGUGAGUCUGCCUGCAUCAGCAGAAGAGCUGCCUUCAUGGAGGUGCAGAUGCAGCUGGCCGUUGUGGAAUUCAUCUUGAACCACUCAGAUGUUCUCUUCCACUCCAAAUCCAGCCUGUUCUUUGGAGAUGGAGCAGGUGAGCAUCUUCCUCCAUUAGCUUUACCUUGAUCAGACACCUUGAUCAAAUCCAGAUCUCCACCAAGAUACUUGACAUAUGCUUUUACUGUUGAGGAGACAACAGACUUCUGGACUGAUGUAAGAAUAUGGCAAAUGUGGCUACCAGUAUCUUUCUGGGAAGCCAGGGAUGCUCUACGAGAACAUACAGCUGAAAGUUUGGCUGCUGCUGUUAGGUCCACACACUGACAAGCUGCACAAAGUAACUUAAAUCUUUCUCCCUACUCUCUCUUUUCCUUCUAAAAUCACUUUCUUCAAUGCUUCUGUGUGCUUUCCCACUUGAGCUGUCUUGCAGUACAACACAAUGCGUGAUCCUUACAAGCAUCUUAGAAGACAAAUGGCAAACAGCAGAUUUAAAGAAAGCUCUUGGUAUUCAUUAGCAUUGAUGCUGAGAAACAGAAGUCUUGCUCUUAAUGUGAGAUAUUCUGACAGCUGCUUUCCUGGUUGUUUCUUCUGCACAGUCUCUGUAGGUUAAUCAGCAGGGCUGUCCAGCUGCACGGCAAAGACUGCACGGGCCCUGCAGCUGUUGCCCAGUUCUCUGCCUGCACAGCAGAGGCUUUAGGAUGAGCCACAGCUUAGGUGUUAAGAGUGAGGAAAUAACUGCAAGGUGUUUGUGCUCAGCCCUGGAACCUACAGCUGUCCUUGAGUGACUGCUAAGACCAUAAGUGCACCUGGUCCAGUGGAAAGAAAGAGUUGCACCAGGAAGAAAGUUUCCUCUGCUUGUUGACUUUCCAGAGAUCUCCCCUGAGGAGCUGCACCUGGCGUAUUAUAACUGCAGUGCAAUGGAGAGCACAGGAUACUAUAUAAACGCUGUCCAUCAGUAUGUGCAACAACGGAGAAACAGGCUGCAGGAGCUGAAGGCUUUAAAUGCCUGGAGAACAGCAUCGAUGUUUUUCAGCUACUUUGGAGAGAGAAAGUGGUCACUCCACCAUUACUUUCUCUUGGAUUGGGAGGACAGUAAGCCCCAAGCACUGGGUUCCCAAGCUCUCCAGCCAACAGCAGCGGUGCUGCCCGCUUGUCCUUGCAAAUCCCAGCGUCUCAUCUGGAAGCGCUCCAGCUGUGGGGAGCUCUGCUGCUGCCUCCAGUCCUCCUGCCCUCGGGGUGACGUCCUCCCACAGCUGUCCCCAUCCUGUUGGGACUGGGGAUGCUGCAGCUCCAUCCGCAGCCUGCUCCUCACUUAACGCUCCUGGAACAGCCGCUGGCUGUGCUUCUGGGCUUCCGGGCCCUGCGAGCCCUGCUGCGGCAAAUCCUUCCAGCACCGCUCCGCUUGCUGUCGCUGCUCCCAAGGCAGCUACAGAACCUUCUCACCCGGGUGCAAGCAGUGCUUUGGCCACACCGACUGCCGGUGCCUCUGCACACAGCGCCGCGUCUGCGCCUCCUGCUCCACACAGCAUCAGAGCAGGUCAGUUACACACACCGAGGAGGGAACUAACGGCCGGAGAGCUGGAGCAGUUCAGAGCCAAGAAGUUCACGCUAGGAAAGGUCCUUCUGAAGCCACCACCAGCAGACCUUUUGUAUGAUAAGGAUUUAAGUUAAUUCUGAAGUUAUAUGCCUUAAUUAAAUAUAAAUUAAUACAUUAUAUUAUAUUAUUUACAUAUGCCUCAAUUAAAUAGAAAUAAAUAUACUAUAUUAUUUACAUAUGUCUUAGUUAAAUAGAAAUAAAUAUAUUUUAUUAUAUUAUUUACAAAAUAUAUAAAUAAAAGUUGUUCUGUGACUCUUCCAAUAAACAAUGUUGUGAUGGA